CUUCGACAGGUCCGGACCACACUCAGUGUCCUCCUCCAUCCACCCGGACGGAGCCCGGUAUGUAAGCCCGGGUACUCGUUCAUGUAGCCCGCUUUAUGCGCUCUUUCCCCCGAUGGAGGAGGAGUGAGGUCGGAUCCAACGCCCUGCAGGCUGCCGGGAGACUCGGAGCUCCACACCGACGGGGAGCGCAGCAGGUCGGGGGAAGGAAACCGUGAACAUGGUCGUGGUCUCGGCCUCGUGAGGCCGUCAUAUGAACGCGGACGAUGCGCGUGGACCUGUCGGGGAUGAUGAUGAAACCAUGCGGCUGGUUGGUGCUCCCUAACCUCCCCUGUCCCUCGUCUCCCACCUAAUCACCGCUCCUCCUCCUGUACCCCUCUUCUCUCCCCCCUUCCUCCUGUUCACCAUGACGACCACCCUGGAGACGCUGUUGGCCCAGCCCGACCAGGAGCUGAGCCCCGAGCGAGUGGAUGGCUGCGAGGACGUCGCUGGCCGCUACAAGGUGGUUCCCUCUGUCGUCUGCUCCAUGUGCUGCCUCUUCGGCAUCAUUUACUGCUUCUUUGGCUAUCGCUGCUUCAAAGCGGUGAUGUUCCUGACGGGCCUGAUGUUUGGCUCCGUCGUCAUCUUCAUGCUCUGCUACAAGGAGCGCGUUCUGGACACCCAGCUGAGCGUGGAGGCCUCGGUGGGCAUCGGCCUUGGCAUCGGCACGCUCUGCGGCCUGGUCACCAUGCUGGUUCGCAGCGUGGGCCUCUUUAUGGUAGGCCUGCUGCUGGGCCUGCUGGUGGCUGUGGCCACCCUGGUAGGAAUGGAGGAGCUUUCCGACAGCCCACCGCGCUCCGUCUGGGUGCCCCUGGGCGUGCUGCUUGGCCUGGGCAUGCUGUUCGCCGUACUCACCCUACAGUGGCAGCGCCUCUUUACCACGCUGUCCACAGCGAUGUUUGGUGCAGCAGUCAUCACUGUGGCGCUGGACUACUUUGUGGAGCUCUUUGCCCUUGUGCUGUACAUGUACGAGCGAAUAAAAGCAGCACCUGGAAAGCCUGUGUGCUGGUUGACGUGGGUGGUGCUCGGGGUGUGGCCUGCCCUCACCCUACUAGGUGUCAUGGUCCAGUGGAAGGUGACCGCUGAAGGAUACUCCCAUACCAAGGUAAUCAUCAGCCGGCAGCAGAGAAGGAUGCAGGUGAUGCGGAUUCGUCAACGGGACGACCGCUACCGCAAGAAGAAGAAGAAGCAGCAGCACGGCUCCUCCUCCCACCAUCACCAGCAGGCCAAGCAGCUUCAAGCUGAGCCCGCCUACCGCCGCAAACCCAACCCUAUCCGCCGCUAUGACACAGACGUCCUCUCGCCGAGCUACAUCCAGAGUUUCCGAGAACGGCAGGUGCAGGCGCAGCCCUUCCCGAACCGGCUGGUCGGGGGACCCCAUGCCGUGGUGGAUGUGGGCUAUGACUGUGGAUCCACAACGCCCCUCACUGGAGCUUCAGGACCUUCACUACGGGUCUGACUGCUCCCCCACCUCCCAGAUGCCUGAACACACCCCUUAUCCAGGGAGAUACAUGACUCUACAAUCACUCCCCCACCUGGGUGUAAUCACACCUGUGCUAGAAAAAAAACACCACUGGGUUUAAAUGCAAAGAUUCUGGGUUAAAACAUUAUCUGGGUUUAGCCACACCCCUAGGAGUAUGAAAAUAUAUUUAGGGCUGGAUUUACCCAAAAUGCAAAAUAUGUUUAACCCUUUACUAAGUAAAUUUUUGAUCAUCAAGCUCCGCCCUCCUCGUGGCUACUUACUGGAGCCAUCAGUGUGGUGCAGAGGUUUGGUUGACCUCUUUCAGUAGAUUCAGAUGCACAAAUGCAUGCAUGCACUUGCACCAACACAAACCGCAGCUACAAUCGUAACGGUCGACGUGGAAACCUGAAGCAACCCGCUGUACCUGGCCCCGGCCUGUAUGUUGCCAUCUCAAGUCAAACCAAUCAGGGAUCACAGUUUUAGUGCACACCCGCCUCAGGUUCAAACACAGGCAUUGUAUGAAAAAUCUAAAUACAGCUUCAUCCACGUUCAGCGUGCUGUUUCUACCGCUGUUGUCGAGCAACUAGUUCCUCAGCCUAUAGGAAUCUUAAAAGUCCAACAAAGGGCACUGAGGGCCCUUCAAUGCAAACCGGCAUCUUCUUCUUUCUGUGCCGUCUGGACUACAAAAACCGUCCUUGAAAUGAGGAGAUACAUCUUUAAUGUUGUUUUUAAUGGGGGGGAAACCUUUAUCAACCUUGGUGCUGGACAAUAAACUUCAAGCGUCAAACUGCUCUCCGAUGGCCGGGGGAUUCUGUUUUUAACGGGUGCCUUGCUCCUCCGUGGACUGUACCAUUCAGCAACAGGAGGGGGGUUACUGGCAGAUCUCCUAUUGAUGGCUUGUUUUUGCAUUAAAUGUGAUCACAGAAGGAUUUUUCAAGAGGGUAGCCAUGGAGCUACGAUAAGCAGGGUUGUUGUCUUCACAGAUGCCUGGAUAUGUUAGGAGGAUUUGCUUUUAGCUGACAGCAAGAAAGCCACAUUUACACUGGCACCUCAUCUGAGAUUUCACACAUAUGGAAAGAGAUUUUUUCAAGUAGAAACCAAAAUCCCUGAUUAUUUUAAAACCUGAAGUUAAAAAAGUUAAACCUCCAAGGGGUUAUUUAAUCUAACAUUUUUAUUCCAUAAGUAUUGUUGAAAGGGAAAGAUCAUCUGCCAUUGUGUAAAACUUUAACUUAAGGUCCGUUUGCUCUGGCAGAACAGCGCCUUCUUCCUGUUUUUGUGCCGUAAAGCAAUCCGUCAGAUUUUCAUCAGAAUUUUCAAAAUGAUAAUUAGCUAAAUGAAGAACGUUUUGAAAGUUUUGAAACAGCCUUGAAGCUUACACACUUUUCACGAAUGUGUCCAAAAACAUUUUUUAUCUCUCUUAAAUAAUUGAAAACUAUGUGCAAUAUCUAGUCUUAUUAUAGCUUAUAUUUCCUUACAAUGUGAUUCAAAGACUCAAAUUUUUGUUUUAGAAAUGUGGAAUGGAGAGGCCAGUGGAAGCACUCUGGAAUGGUCAGAUCUGAGUAAACUUGUCUCAGAGGACUUGUGAGACAAGUUGUGUUACACUCUUUCCUCUUUCUGCCCUCUUGAGAAACGUUCAGUCUGAAGCUCAGCUGGCUCUGGCAGAACAGCGCCCUCUUCCUGUGUUGUGCUCCAACGCAAUCGAGCAAAUGUCCAAAUUCCAUUGCCAAAAAAUUAAGCCGAUGAAAGCUAAAAAUCCACGAUGGUAAAAUCUGUGCAAACUAAUCAUUACAUGGUGGUAGUAUAAACAAACCUCCCCAGUUACUUCGAGCUCCCAGUCCGGCUACAGUCAGCUACAACAAUGCAGAUGUUGCAUCAAGUAUGUGUAUUAGCUUUCCAGACAUUCCCAAUUCAUGCAAUUCCAACACUGUUUAUGGACUCCAAUAAGUCAAAUACACUAGGCAAAAAUAACACAUUUAUACCACAUGCAAAACUACAUGGGACCCAUUGUCAUUCAGAUAUCUUGAGAUCAGAGGUGAAGGGAUCCCUUUAAAAAUGGCCAUGCCAGUUUUUCCAUCGCCAAAAUUUUGCCUAAUUUAUUUUUAUAUUUUUAAUUUGUAUUUUUUUUUUAAAAAAAAGACUUGCUACAGCCUCUAAAGGACAAUGAGAUGUGGAAGAGGUAAGGAUAAUGGUCUCAUGGUGGCAAUUCAGAUUCUCUCCCUGGAACGCCCCUACUAGUGGCAGCAGCAAGUAAAGUUAGCAUAUGCAACGGUGCACUGGUAAGUGACUUACUGUGUUACAAGGAAAAAGGUCCACGUUGCAACAAUCCUCUGAUACUUUCGCUCACAAACAGUUUAACAUUGUUUUUCUGCAACUAUCCGACUCAUGAAAGGUGCCCCAACUAUUAGGGUACAUUUUUAACUUCCCUCCAUGUUGCCUGCACCCAGAGCUGGUCGCUCAUUCAGUGGCAAAUCUGCAUGUGAAGGCGGGCAUACAAAAAAUGCGGGAGUACAAUCUGUAGUUCGAACAACAGCCAUACCGUCCACGACAACUGCCGAGCUGGCUUAAGUCCGCCAGAUGUUGUGAAACGGGCAACAUAUAGGGAGGUUAAACAUUGUUCAUUUGCAUUUACUACCCACAUUGUAAUGAUACAAAGCUGGUUUACAAUCAAUGUUUCCCUUUAACAAUCGACUGAUCGCUGAGAUGCCAGUGUGAAUACGGCCCUGAGAAUUAGAAAAAGUGGACUAGUGGCCAAACCAACUUGUACUUAGACCAACAACUCCUUCCGUCAUGUGCAUUGAUUUUCUUUAUUUAGGACAACAUGACAUUUUUGUCAGCAGUGAAAAUGUGAAUACUUUAUCGUCUUUACCUUUUUUUUUAAGGGAAAAGCAAACGUGGGGACGGGGAGGGUUGUGUUGUACGUUUUUAUUCAACUGUGGGGAAACCGAAAUGCAUGAUCACACCCCUCCGUUCCCCCGAUCCGCCCUGCGUGGCUCCCUCCACCCCUUCAUGUGCAUAGAUGUGAAAUUUGUACAUAAAACACAGCACUUACUAACAUUUUAGUUAUUUUUACCAGUUUCAUUCACUUCUUUUUCAUUUCUUAGGAAUCUAAUUUAAUCGAGACAUUCUUUUUUUCAGUGGGAUGUAUUUAUUUGCUGAUUUAUUUAUUUCGCGAGAGCCGUUCUGUAAAGGAGAGUGCAAUGUCAUCACUGUAGGCCAGUAACUCCAUGCUUUUUUUAAAAAGGAAAUAAUUGAAUUAUGUCUAUGAUUAUUAAAGCAUGUGUUCCUAUGGGCCUGUAUACGAUCAAUGUGUUCGAGUCAUCUUUUAGCUCAAGGACAUACAGACAUCAAUCAGACCAGAAAUCCACCUUAUUUUUAUUAGCAAAUAAUGUUUGAAAGUCAUAGGGGAUUAUCUCUCUCUGUCUCUGUCUCUCUCUC